ACAUGGUAUGCAACAGGAUUUGAUCACAUGCCAACAUUUAUCCGACAGAUUGGAGGCGGUACAUUCAGCGGAUGUGCCGGAAUUCCAGGAUGUGAGACUGGUUUCUUGGUUAAAGGAUGGGCGGGUGCCGCGGCUUUAUAUUUUUUGUGCGCCCUGUUUCUUCUGGCAGACGCUGUUGUUGUAUUUAUACGCCGAGAUAACACAACUGCCCGACAUGACUGCACAACACUUCAACAAAGGCAAACAGGAAGAGCAAACUAUUAA